GGUUUUGUGUGGUCCCUUCUUGAAUAUAUUGCUGAAAAAUACGAUGGAAAGCGACGAUGAUUUUGGUCAUCUUGAGCCCAGCGUUGUUAGUGAGCUGCGGGCGCAGAUGGGCAACAAAGAAACGGUCCAUGAGGAUGAAAAAUCGUCUAGCGAAGAUGAAGCUGCAUCGAUCAAGUCAGAGAGUGGCGACGAGGAAGUUGUGCCGGACUGUGCAACAAAGCAUACAGAGCUUGACUCUAUAAAAUCUGAUCCUGAAUCGCAAAGUGAUGAUAAUUCCGAUGAUGGUGAGCGGAGUAAUCUAAUUUCCAGCUACGUCAGCAUUUUAAAAUCGACAAUGAGAUACAGUGAUUCUUCAGAUAAAUCGCAAGAAUCGUCCGAUGAAUAUGAUGUAAAGUCUGAGCCCGAAACGGAAGAUGAGACAAAUCAAGCUAGGAAUGAAUCGGAUGAGGACAAAGAUCAAAGUAUGGGAAGUAUCGAUAUCAGCACAUCCGUGAAGAAAGGCGAUAAAUCAGCUGAAAACACAAAAGAAAAUGAAGCAAAGAAGCAGAAAUCGAAGAAGAACGGCGCAGAAAGAGCAAAAGAGGUAAAGGUAGAUCAACCCAGCUCUAAAAAAGAAAAAAAACUGAUGUCACUUGUGUUUGGAGGCAAAGCGGAAUUAGUAUCGCAAUUAACCAGACAGAAGAAUAACAAAGCAAAAGCUAAACGUUCAACACAACCUGAAGAAGAUGUACGAACAGCGGACGACAAAUCGAAGCCGCCGAAACGAUCGGCCAUUUGGCACGAUUCGGAUGAUGACGAUGAAGAGGACUCGGCCAACAUGAAGCGAAACAAGUUCUCGCGUCUAGAACUGCCGGAGCAGUUGACAAAACAAAGACGGCGCAAACAGUUCGAACAGAUUGUCGGCCAACCAAAGUGGGCCGAUCUGGAUCGAGUGCAGGAGCCCGAUUCGGACGAAGAGAUCCUUCAAACGGUAGGGCACGUCGUUAAGGGGACACCCUCACAGGGACUGCCUAAGGGUAUGAUCGAGUUGAAAAAGUUAAAGAAUUUGAACCGCGAAACGAAAGCCGAAGGAGAAAUUAGCUCCAUCAAUUUCCAUCCGACCUCGAUGGUGGCGAUCAUAACCGGCAAACGAGGUCUGGUGUCGAUCGUCGCAGUAGAUGGAGUGCGCAAUGAGAAGCUCCACACGAUCUGGUUGCCGAAGAUGCGUGUCGUUUGCAGCAGUCUGUCGCCGGAUGGCGACGAAGCCGUGUUCGGCAGUUACCGUAAGUUCUUUCACGUUUAUAACCUGAUCAGCGGGCAGAGUGACACUCGCAAGAUACCCGAGCGAGCGACGUGGUUGAUGAAAAACUUUCGCGUGUCCCGAUGUGGAAAGUAUCUGGCCUCCGCUGGCGAGUGCGGCGAGGUACAUCUCAUGAGCGCCAAAUCGAAAGAGAUGCUGCAAACGAUUCAAUUACGACAGGUGUGUUCUUCGCUAGCAUUUACGCCCGACUCAAAAUACUUGCUGUGUCACAGCAAUGAUACGGACGUGUCCGUAUUUAGUCUGGAGAAAAAGAGAAUCGUGAAUAUAUUCUACGACGAUGGUUGCGUUAAUGGAUCGUGCAUAGCCGUCUGUCCCAAUGGACAGUAUGUGGCAACAGGUAGUAGACAGGGCAUCGUUAAUAUUUACGCGCUGGAUAGUACGCUGACGCAGAAACAACCGGUGCCACUGAAGACCAUUACCAAUUUAACCACAUACAUUGAUUCGCUUUCGUUCAAUGCGACCUCGGAGCUGCUGGUGAUGGCAUCGUCAACUGUUAAAAAUGCUGUUAAACUAAUCCACGUCCGGAGUGGAACAGUGUUCCGGAAUUUCCCGCUACAUAUGACACACCUAGGGCAUGUAACGGCGGCCCAAUUUUCUCCUGCUGGCGGAUAUCUGGCACUAGGAACAAAGCAAAGCACGGUUUUGUUGUUCAGAGUGAAGCAUUAUCCAAAUUAUUAACAAAUCGAGUUAAUAAAGUUCUUGGCAUAAAAAUGUAAUGAAGAUUAUUGAUGUAUUGAUGAACGACUAUUACUUUAAAACUCAUCCAUAUCCAUUGCUGACAUUUGGUUGAGGAAUUUCUUGUACAGUGCCAUGAACUGCGCCACGAACGCUUCCAGAUGAAAGAUGUGUUUGCUACCACGUUGCAUCCGAUGGUCGUACAGUCCGGCAAAGCUGAGCGUUUGCGUUUUCAAGCUCAUGUCGCAAUUCUUCACAAGAAUAUGAACCAAACCCUUGAAAAUGAUAUCCGGCGGUAUGCCUUGGGACAGCAGCUCAUACAACCGUUCGCGGACAACCUCCAUGCGUUGGGGUGUUUGCUCCUGCACGAUCAUAUUGGCCGUUUCCUUGAGGUACGUCU